AUGUUUAUUGGAGGCCUCAGCUGGGACACCAGCAAGAAAGACUUGACCGAGUAUCUCUCUCGGUUUGGCGAGGUUGUGGAUUGUACGAUUAAAACAGACCCGGUCACUGGGAGGUCGAGGGGAUUUGGGUUCGUGCUCUUCAAGGACGCUGCCAGCGUGGAGAAGGUAUUGGAACUGAAGGAACACAAACUGGACGGGAAGUUAAUAGAUCCUAAAAGGGCAAAAGCCCUAAAAGGGAAGGAGCCACCAAAAAAAGUGUUUGUUGGUGGGCUGAGUCCAGAUACAUCAGAAGAACAGAUUAAGGAGUACUUUGGUGCUUUUGGCGAGAUUGAAAACAUUGAGCUUCCCAUGGACACAAAGACGAAUGAAAGGAGAGGUUUCUGUUUUAUCACAUACACAGAUGAAGAGCCGGUAAAGAAGUUACUAGAAAGCAGAUACCAUCAAAUUGGUUCAGGCAAGUGUGAGAUCAAAGUAGCACAGCCCAAAGAAGUUUACAGGCAACAGCAGCAGCAGCAGAAAGGAAAAAGUAAUGCAACUGGUGGAAGAGGAGGUGGAAGGGGGCGUGGACGGGGUCAGGGACAAAACUGGAACCAAGGAUUUAAUAAUUACUAUGAUCAAGGUUAUGGGAACUACAAUAGUGCUUAUAGCGAUCAAAGCUACAGUGGCUAUGGAGGAUAUGAUUACUCUGGGUACAACUAUCCCAAUUAUGGAUAUGGGCCAGGAUACACAGAUUACAGUGGUCAACAAAGCACAUAUGGAAAGGCAUCCCGUGGUGGCGGCAAUCACCAAAACAACUACCAACCGUACUAAAGCAGUACCUAGUACUUGAGGAAACAGGUAGAGAUACUGCAACACAGCCAUCUUGCAGCACAUCAGGAGUGAAUGGAGGGUGGUCUUCAUGAGAGAAAAUGACUAUUUUGUAAAAGACUUUCAGUGUAUGACACGACUGUGUCCAACUGUACAUAGCAGCCAACUAGUUUUCUUCUAUGGUUUUUCCUUUCUUUUUGCCAUUCAUGUUAUGACACAAUGCGAAUUUGUGUUUAUACAAACUUUAUUUGUAUAAUUUCAUGUUAAAGGAUUCUCUAAUAAAUGCUUACUUAAAUGAA